UUAUCUCGCAGAAACAGUGACGAGAAAAUAUGAAAUCAGAUAGUUAAAGAGUGAUAGUAGAAAAUAAAGAUUUAAGAUGGCGUGCAUUUAUAUAUUAGUAUUUUUAAGUGUGAUAAUCCAACCAACAUUCCCUAAAAUUGUCGAAAAUCAUCCGCAUCACGGAGUUAUUCUAGAUGCAGGUAGCAGCAGUAUUAAAGUUAGAAUUUAUCAGUGGAUUAUAGAUUCACAUAAACACACCAAUGUUCCUAAAAUACAUUUGGUUCAUAAUGAACGGAUUAAGGUGAACCUAGCUAAAUAUGCUCGUGAACCUGAUAUGCUGGAACUUCAGUUGUUGAAUGCUAUAGAUGUAGCUGUUCAAUAUAUAAAUCAAUCAGUUCAUCAUGAAGAAGUUGGUGAAAUUCCGUUAUUUUUGAUGUCUACUGCGGGUACCAGAACAUUAUCUAGUCACGAUGCCAGGUAUUUUGUACGAACAGUCAGGCGACUCCUGUCUAAUUCCACCACUAACCCUUUCUAUUUUAAACCUCGACAUGUAGAGAUACUGUCCGGAGAAGAAGAAGGUGUUUAUUCAUGGUUAUCAGUAAAUUAUCUUCUUGGUGUGUUUAAUCUUACUUCCGGAUUGCCUGUGCGAACAGUUGGUAUAUUAGAAAUGGGUGGUGGUUCCACACAGAUAGCUUUUAUCCCACGGGAUCCUUUAUAUGACGGCGAAUUUCAUGUUUACAUGGAUAAAAAGCGAUAUGAGUUAUAUGUUCAUAGUUAUCUGAAUUAUGGACAGAAUUAUAUUAAAAACAGAGUUAAUAGCUGGUUAUUGCAUCAUCACCAUGGUAAUAAAACACAUAUUCCAGAUCCCUGUAGAUUAAAAGGAGACACAGAUAAAGUGAAGACUCAUAACCAUACCAAGAUAAUUUAUGGAUCUGGUAACGUCACUCAAUGUAGAAAUAUUAUACAGAUAUUUUUAAAGAAAGCUGAGGGAGAUGGCUGUAGUCCUAAACCCUGUGCUAUAGGAUCAGUUUAUCAACCCAACGUCACCAACAUCACAUUCUACGCCAUAGGUGCAUUCAAAUACGCCCCUGGAGAUCUUGGUGCUAUUGAUUCAACUAAAAGAUUAAAUAUCACUAAGUUUAACAGCUUGACAGAAAAACAUUGUGCCAAGAAUUUCAGUGCCCUGUCAAAGAAAGACAGGCAAUACGGACGUGAAUAUUGUUUAAUGGGAGUUUAUAUAUCACUAUUGUUAACUCAAUCUUAUGGUUUUAAUAAGACAACUACUAAUAUUAUAGUUACUGAUAGAAUACAUGGUGUUAAAACAGAUUGGUCACUGGGUAUAAUGUUACAUGAGAUAAUGGAGAGAAAUGCAUUGAAACCUUAUAAACCAGUGGUGGAGAUUAACUGUCCUAAUCUUGGAAACAUUGUCAGUUCUAAUGGUGUUCACAAUAAACAUAGUCUGUUGGUAUUAGUGUUCAUUUUGUUAUUAGUGGUGUUCAUGAACCUUGUGGACUUGCCAAACUACAUAAGUUGAAUGGUUGUGGAUGUAACUGACCCACAAAGAUACCAAUUUAUCUGAUGUGUAUAUAUUCUAGAAUAAAGUGGACCAAUAUCUUGUAUACUUGAAACUAUUUAUCUUAAAGUAUAUCUUGAGAACUAUUACUACUCACAUGGAGAGUUAGACUGAUUUCUAUAUCUAUAUCUUGAUUUCUGUCAAAAUUGUGAAAGUCUGUUUCCUCAAGUGCUCCUGAUGUCUUCAGAAGUGGUUAAAUAAAUUUAUGAAAUGAU